UCCGUAGUGGUACAGUCCUCUCCUCGGUCCGCCGGUCUGCACAGUGUGUGUGUGUGUGUGUGGACUGCUAAACGCCGGUCCUUUCUUUCUUUGAAGAAGGAAAUCACGGCGGUUGUGGACCCCCGAAGUUUCCCACUGACCCGGUUCGGUUCGUGUGUUUCCGGCCCGUUUCGUCGCCCUGUGAGGCCGCUUCGUUUCCGAGGGACACCGGGCGAACUGGGCGAGGCUGGACCGGCUCUGAGAGCUCCCCGCACGGCAUCGACUGACCCUGCUAGCAUCCAGAGAGCACCCAGAGCUCAGCCCCUUCCCCCAGCCCUGCAGAGACCAUGAAGCCUGACGGGGUUGCCACGGCAGCGCUGGAACCAAUGGAAGUGCUGGAGUCCAACGAGGUUAACGAGGCGGGGCCGCCCGCCUCGGGGGAGGAGCCUAGCCAGGCGGCCAGCCCAUUGGAGGAGCAGACAGGACCCCCGCCGAUAGAGCUGGUUGAGGGGGAGGCCCCAGCGAAGGUCCCCACCACCAAGACCCCCGCCGACCCCAAAGCCAAGACCGCCGGCAAGGCCGGGGCCAAGACCAAGCCCGGGACUGCCGCCCCGGCCAAGACCGCCACCGGCUCGCGGCCCGGCACCGCCCAGAGCCGGCUCAGCAACGGAACAUCCAAGACCAACGGGGUGGCCAAGAGUGAGGGCGUGGCCAAGACCAACGGGGUGGCCAAGAAGACCACCCCCUCCGCGGCCGACAAGAAGACCGCCGCGCCCGCCAAGAAACCAGCGGGCUCCACCGGCGCCCCGGCCACCAAGACGGCCCCCAAGUCCCUGGAGAAGAAGCCGCCAGCGACCGCUCGCCCCUCCAGCGCCCUGGGCCCCAAGAAGACCCCAACUGCUGCGCCAGCCCCCAAACCGGCUGCCGCGCCCGCUGCUAAGAAGCCAGCAGCUCCAACCAAGUCCAGCUCAGCUGCCUCGCCCAAGCCAGAUAAAGCUCCUGUUGCCAAGACAACCAGACCGACUAGCGCGAGCCGCCCCUCCUCGGCCUCCACGCGGGCCCCAGGGACUGGCCCCGCCAAGACUGCCACCCCCCCGCCCAAACCGGCCCCAACCAGGACCUCCACCACGCCCAAACCAGCGGGCCCCAAGACCACCACCACGCCCUCUGCUGGCAAGACCCCGGCGCCACAGGCAGCCAAGACGGCCACGCCCAUCAAGAAGGAUGUUUCCAAGCCCUCCACCCCGGCGGCCAAGAAGCCCGCCGCCGCCCCCCUCACACGCCCCUCCCCCGCCGCUAAAGCCACCAAAUCAGAGCCCCCCAAAUCCUCCCCCAAACCGGACGCCGCCGCCAAGAAGCCCGCCGCGAGCAAGGCUGCCGACAGCAAGACGGCCCCCCGGCCCAAAACGGCGGAGGCCCGGGCCGCACCCUCCAAGACCCCCGGCCCCAAAGCGGCCAAGGCCAGCCCCAAGAAGACGGUGGGCAGUAGCACGCCCACCCCCGUGAAGCGCGGGCCCAAGGGCGUUGCUCCCGAGACCGCAGAGAUGGAAGCGGCUGGGGUCACCGUCGCUGUCGCGGCUGCGGUCGCUACAGCUGCCGCCGUCAUGGGCGGAGCGGAGGAACCCGCGCCCUUGGCAGAACCAGAGGUUCCUGUCGUAGAGGAGACUGCCGCGAUGACAGAAGGCCUUUCAGCGGAACCCACCUUGGAGAUCAUCGCAGAACCGGCCUUAGAGGCCACCGAACCUGCCAGAGAUCCCACACCAGAACCUGCAAGAGAACCAACACCAGAACCUGCAAGAGAACCAACACCACAGCUGAGGGAAUCAACUCCAGAGCCCAUGAGGGAACCAACUCCAGAACCAGAAAGAGAACCAACUCCAGAGCCCAUGAGGGAACCAACUCCAGAACCAGAAAGAGAACCAACUCCAGAGCCCAUGAGGGAACCAACUCCAGAACCAGAAAGAGAACCAACUCCAGAGUCCAUAAGGGAACCAACUCCAGAACCAGAAAGAGAACCAACUCCAGAACCCAUGAGGGAACCAACUCCAGAACCCAUGAGGGAACCAACUCCAGAACCCAUGAGAGAACCAACUCCAGAACCCAUGAGAGAACCAACUCCAGAGCCCAUGAGGGAACCAACUCCAGAACCAGAAAGAGAACCAACUCCAGAACCAGAAAGAGAACCAACUCCAGAACUCUUGAGGGAACUAACCCCAGAACUCUUGAGGGAACCAACUCCAGAACCCAUGAGGGAACCAACUCCAGAACCAGAAAGAGAACCAACACCUGAACUGAGAGAACCAACUCCAGAACUCUUGAGGGAACCAACACCAGAACCCAUGAGGGAACCAUGUCCAGAACUAGAAAGAGAUCCAUCCCCAGAACCCUUGAGGGAAACAACAACAGAUCACUUCAGAGAAGCGACCCCCGAGCCCACUACGGAGUCAGCCUAUGAAUCCAACGAGGAUCCAGAAGGGGCCUCAAUGCCCUCGCUCUCGUCCCAGAUGGACAUGCAGUACUUCGGCACGUCGCCCGGCGUGUCGGCCCCGUCUCUGGGCACCACGGUCAUGUCUCCGCCCUGCUCCCCCCCCGGCCUGUCCCCCGUCCACCAGGCCCAGAGCCCCCCCCCUGAGCUGGACCUGAACGCCCACUCAGACCCUUGGGGGAACCGCCCCGCCCAGGCUGCUGAGGACCUCCGCAUGGACCAGGUCCUCUCCGACUCGGAGGAGGACGAGAAGUUCAGAGAGAAGGAGGAGGAAGAGGAGGACGAGAAGGACUUCAUCUUCAGGCCCGGAGGCCUGGGGGAGUCUCCUCCAGGCGACCUCCACAUGGAGCUGCAGCCCCCAAUGACGGGAGCCGCUCACACGGACCACUUCGGCUCCCUGAUCUCCCCCCGGGAGAAGGAGGUGGAGGUGGAGAAGGCGGAGGAGGAGAUCAACGAGGACAAAGACGCCGGCGAGGACGAGGAAGACGAGGAGCAGCGGCGCCUGGGCCACCAGCCUGCCGACGACUUCCAGGUCGGGGCCUUCGGCUGCGGCGGGGGGUCGGCCGGUUGGCACGGCGACGACGUCCUGUCGGGCAUGGAGUCGGAGGACGUGAGCAGCAGCUGCGCCAGCAGCCGCCAGCAGGGGGUGUCGGACCUCAGCAGCACCCAGCACAUGGCACUGCUGGACGGCACCCAGAGCUCGGACGCCCUGGUGGACAGCAGCCUGCGUGGCUCGGAGGGCGACGGCGGCUUCAUGGGCUCGCCCAACGUGGAGACACUGGCCGGGGAGGAGGACGAGGACGAGGACGAGGAGCGCAUGGACGACAUGGACGUCAGCUCGGAGCGCGCCGAGGGCCAGCGGCACCAGAAGGACUUCAGGCAGCAGGAGCAGGAGGAGGAGGAGCAGGAGGAGGACGAGGACGUGGAGAUGCACAGCGAGGGCGUGACGGAGAGCGGCCUGGAGAGCUGCGAGAACGCCGACGAGGACGACUUCAACGAGGGCGAGCGCCUGGACAACCUGAACCGCGGCGGCGCCCAGCCCGCCCUGUCCCCCGCCUCCGCCUGGGGCCAGAACAACCCCUUCGCCGACCCCUGGGCGCAGCCCGCCGUCCCGCCCGCCGCCGCCCACAGCCCUGGGUCCGACCGCGGCGCCGCCGAGGACCAGACCCCCACUCGGGGGUCCCCCGCCCGCUCCCCGGCCCAGGCCUGGCUGGGCGCCGGCGGCCCGUCGCUGGCGCCUCAGUCUGAGCUCCACGGCACGCAGGAAGAGGAGGAGGAGGAGCAGGCCCAGGAGGAGGCCCUCCUGGCUGCCCCGCCCAUGUCCCAGUCCUCCACCCUGAGCGGCGCGGCGCUGGCGGCCCACAGCGGCAGCGAGACCAGCACCCCGGAGGAGCUGCACGACUACGACAGCAGCUCGGGGGUGGAGUCGCGCUCGGACAAGCAGCAGACGCCCGUCCCGUCGGCGCGGCACGCCGACCUGGACCAGGACCUGGGCAUCCAUCUGGAGAAGGGCGACGGCGAGGAGGAGGAGGCCGAGACGCUGCCCGCCGACGAGGUCAUGGGGGCGGGGCCCCCCACCGCGCCAGCCUCCGGCCCCUCGUCGGUCUCCGCCUCCGGAGACGAGGCCAGCGACGCAGAGGGCGAGAUGCACAUGAAGGACGCGCCCGCGGGCGGUGACCCCGCGGCCCUGGAGGAGGAGGACGGGGGCGGGGCCACGCCUCAGUCGGCCAACUCGGUGGCGUCGUACGCCUUCGACUGCACCAACUCCAACUCCAACGCCCACUCCACGGCCGAGAGCUGCGGGAAGAGCCCCGGAAUCUUCUCCCUGGAGAACGAGGACCAGCUGCCAGAGGAGUGCAGCCCCGCCCUCAUCACGGAGAUGACCCUCACGCCCGGCGCCGCCCAGGGCCCGGACCCCCCGCUGGGCCAGGACCCCCCGCUGGGCCGGCCCGUGGACCUGCUGCCCCUGGGCCACCCCGCCGAGGGCCUGGAGCAGAUCCACUUCGGCCUGGGGGGGAAGGGGGUGGAGCCCAGAGAGCACCACCUGCUGGGGGAGGAGGAAGACGAGGAAGAUGAGGAGGAGGAGGAGGAGGAAGAGGGGGAGAAGGAGGACCCCUACUACUCCACCACCAUCUGUGAUAAGACUGAUAGCUUUCUGGCAGGUAACGUAUAAGCCCCGCCCCCCUCCGCCCCAACUCACCUGGAAUGCACCUUUUCCCCUCCA